CUUCUCCUCCUCCUGGGAGCUGGAGCGGCUCCUCCUCCUGGCAGGCUGCCGCCCAGUCAGCUGACGCCGCGCUCCAGUCUCGCCUCCCCGCCGCUCUCCCCCAAAGUGGCUGCUGGGCGCCGGCGGGCCGCCCACUUUCAGGCUUUGGGGAGACAGGGGAAGCGAUGUGCGCCUUCUGACGCCUGGUUUCACCGCAUCACCUUGUUAACUUUCACUCCCUCAGUCUCUGUCCUGACCCUCCUCCCCACAUCCCUCCUCGAAGCCACUCAGGGUGCCGAGCGCACGCUGGGGGCAGCAGGGUCACUGUCUGUCUGGGAUGGCUUCCAAUUUUAAUGACAUAGUGAAGCAGGGGUACGUGAGGAUCCGGAGCAGACGCCUAGGGAUUUAUCAACGAUGCUGGUUAGUGUUCAAGAAAGCUUCGAGCAAGGGUCCAAAGAGACUGGAGAAGUUCUCAGAUGAACGGGCCGCGUACUUCAGGUGUUACCACAAGGUUACAGAACUCAACAAUGUGAAAAAUGUAGCCCGAUUGCCAAAGAGCACCAAGAAACAUGCUAUAGGGAUUUAUUUCAAUGAUGACACCUCGAAGACCUUUGCCUGUGAAUCAGAUCUUGAGGCAGACGAAUGGUGCAAAGUUCUCCAGAUGGAGUGUGUGGGGACCAGAAUCAAUGACAUCAGCCUCGGAGAGCCUGAUUUAUUGGCUACCGGGGUGGAACGCGAGCAGAGCGAGAGGUUCAAUGUGUAUUUGAUGCCAUCUCCUAACUUAGAUGUACAUGGCGAAUGUGCCUUGCAGAUUACAUAUGAGUACAUCUGUCUUUGGGACGUCCAGAAUCCCAGAGUUAAACUCAUCUCUUGGCCGCUAAGUGCCCUGCGGCGUUAUGGACGAGACACCACGUGGUUCACUUUUGAGGCAGGGAGGAUGUGUGAGACUGGCGAAGGGUUAUUUAUUUUUCAAACACGAGACGGAGAGGCCAUCUACCAGAAGGUCCACUCUGCUGCCUUGGCCAUAGCUGAGCAGCAUGAACGGCUGCUGCAGAGCGUGAAAAAUUCCAUGCUCCAGAUGAAGAAGAGCGAGCGGGCAGCGUCGCUGAGCACCGUGGUGCCCCUGCCCCGCAGCGCCUACUGGCAGCAUAUCACGAGGCAGCACAGCACAGGACAGCUGUACCACCUUCAAGAUGUCACCAGCCCGCUGAAGCUUCACCGGACAGAGACUUUCCCCACCUACCGGUCUGAGCACUGACAGCAACCGCCAAGAGCUGUUAGCACAUUUGUGCUGUGUCAGCCACAGCAGGAGGACACAGAGGGACAGCCAGGGAGAGUGCAGAUGAAGAAGAGCAGCUUCGCACCCUGCUAAUGUGUGUGGCCACGGGAAACGCUGCAGAACAACAUAUGUAUAAAUAUUUUUCCCUUUCUCUCUCUCUCUUUCUUCCUCUCUCUCUCUCUCUCUCUCUCUCUCUCUCUCUCUCUCUCUCUCUCCCUUCCUUCCUUCCUUUCUUCCUUUCUCCCUUUCUCUCUUUCUCUCUCUUUCUUUUCUUUUUUUUUUUUAAAGAUACAGCCCUAACCUCAUGGAAACGCACUGGAUAAUAUCAGCCCACCCUGUUUUUAUAGCUGGACAGAGGAGUCAGUGUUGCUACCACGGACUGAUUUUCUAUUGGUGACAAGUGCCCCCUGUGCCUCUCUGAGUCUGUCCCUCUGUGGAUUUGUGUGAUUUUCCUUGUAAGUGUUUCCGUCGUAAGACAGUCAUCAUGGACAAUAAAAUGCCUCUUCAGUAUUCGUU